UUAGAUUUAGAAAUAAUGUAAUAAUAACACGAUAGGAUUUCGAUUAAUUCGCGAUCAAUUAAAUGUAUAAAAACCCAGUGAUCUUUGCGAGAAUUAAUACAGUAAUAAAUAACAAUUCUUUGCAAAAUAAUCGCGAUUAGCAUCAAAAAUGUAUAAAUAUUUGAUCUGCUUUGUGAUGUUUGUGACUAUGGCCUUGGCUAGACCAGGCUUCUUGCAAACGUCUCCGUUGAUAACCGAGUCGAGUUAUCAUGGCUUGCCAGCUGUGCAUGUCAUACGUCCCUUGGUUUCGACACACAGCGUAUUAACUACACCUUUGGUCUCGAGCACCUCUCUAUUGCAUGGCACAUCAUUGCAUGGAACCUAUCAUGGCUUAUAUUAAAUCGUAAAUCAUAAAUUGAAGUCUUCCUUAAUGGACAAACGAUGGCUUGUUUAAUAUUGAUUUCCGUGUAGCUAAAUUUGAUAUAAACUUGUAUUUUCAUUUUUAUAAUUUUGUUUAAAAUUUCAUCAGAAUACGUGUAAAGUAAUAAAAAGAAUUUUAUAAAAUGCAUCUCAUGAUAAUCAUCAAUGCUCAACCGUCGUAACAGUUACAGUCUCGUAGUAAUCCUUAACUUUUCUUACAAACUGAGCUAUUUGUGUCUACAUUUGUGUGUGAGGGUACGAAUAAAACCAUAUCCUGAAUUUCUGUUUUCUAUGCAUUAAAAACGUGGGCGCUUCCAUAUCUAUUUUUAGAAACCAAUUACUCUUGUGCCUAUGUAUAAAUAUGUGUAUUUCUUUUUCAUUGGGGCUGUCUGCCUGCGGAGGGAAAGGCAACCCUCAUUUAUACAUUCUCCAGCGCGGUUUUUCUAACUGCACUGAUGAAAUAAUCACCAAUUUUCAAAAAAUGAUAUCUGAACAGUCUUUUUCUCUUUCUGCGAGUCAGCUUAUCCACAACCGCGGGGUAAUCACGUACCCGAUAUUUAACUUCCACCGCUUUAUUCAUUUGCUUGAUAAAAGUGUGUGAAUACAAUAGCGAAAGCUAAAUUUUUCAUCUGUGAUUAGCCCCCAGAUGCGUUAAGUAAAAUAUCUGAAUACUGUUCAUGUUUCCCCCUAGCUAACUAGCCCUCAGUGGAAUAACUUGAGAGCCAUUCAAUAUGUUGUUCCGUCAUUCCGUAUUUAUUUCAAAAAAUGAACGAAAAAUAAGAGGAAAUUUUGACGUUUAGAAACAAACAGCAUGAUGCAAUCACCAACAAUAUCACCCAUAGGUAAAUAAAAGCAAAAUUCUAUAAAAUGUUAUAUGGAAAUAUGUAUAACUGUAUGGUUGUGUAGAAUAUUUUAUGGUGCACUGCGACCCGUUAUUAUUUUCUAUUUCAAUUUUUUUAUCAAUAAUCCACAUAGAUCUAACAUCUGAUUUAGAUUCUUUUUUUCUUGGUCUAAUUUUCAAGACUUAAAAUUCCUUGCUUACCAAAACUUGAAUCAAAGACAUAGUAAAACAACUAACGUUAUUUCCUAACGGAACUUUGUGAUGCCCCUAAAAAUUGCCUUCACCAACUCCUUUAUUAAGCAAAAGUUUUUCACAGCCCUGACGAAUAUCUCAAUAUAUCGUUAUUACUUAUUGCGGAUGAGUUAUGACUAACCGCCUUAUUCUGAGCAGCGUUCUACUUGCUCUAUUUUAUAACGUCGCGCUUUUGCUUAUAACUCCAUUUAUGAUUUGCAUAAACUAAGAAGCCUUCUUUAUUACGAUCACUUUUGUUUGGGAACACC